CAGCAUCGCACACCGGUUUUCCUGCUCGUCCAUCAGCAUCGCGGCCAUGUUCGCGGCGCAGCUGGCGGGACAGAUUUACACUGCCUCUCGCCAGCAUGACUGCGGCACGCACUCCGGCACCAUUGAUGGCUGGCGCUGGGAGUUCCACGCCACCGGCCGGAACUGCGACACCACCGCCCAGCAGAAGACCAUCGAGGGUGCCAUAUACAAAUACCUGAAAGACGUCGAGCGCAACAACGUUUGUGGGACCAUGUGCGUGGAGCUGACCCACGGGGGCACCUGGCAUGGGUACUUGAAGUUCGGGAAGGCGGAAAACUUUGAAGCGUCCGCGUACUGUGGGCCCAAGCUCGGGUUUAGCAAUUGUGCGUCUGGCGGGAAGAAUGAUGCUCCUUGAACUGGCUAUCUGUAUUUUCAUAGGUGUGUCAAGACAGGGGGGGAUAAGGAGGGUUUUAGACGGUUGCUGUUUGAGGUUUGCUGUGCGAUAGUCUUCCCUAGAGGGGUACCCGAGUAUACGUUCAGCUUGCUGUAGGGACUUUCCUA